ACCAUUGUGUGUGUGCGUGUGUGUGUGCGUGUGUGUUAGCUAAUGAUAACUGCACCAGCAGCUAACGUCAAUAAAAGGGGUCUGAUAGUCACUAAGUUAUAACUUGACUAAAAUGUCACAUUCCCCAUAAGUUUAGGAUGCUUGGUUUCGUUACGAAGGACGUCGCAGUAACUUAACGUCUUCAUUUUGGUAAUCCUUGUGACAGCAAGAUGCCUAUCCGAGCAUACUGCACCAUUUGCUCCGACUUCUUCGAUCACUCUAGAGAUGUUGCUGCUAUCCACUGCGGACACACUUUCCACUAUGAAUGUCUUCUCCAGUGGUUUCAGACAGCACCCACAAAAACCUGUCCACAGUGCAGAAAACAGGUCAGCACCAGACACAUCAUCAGCAAGCUGUUCUUUGACAUUGGUGGAGAGGAUGAGUGCACAGCGGACCCUGAAAGCCUGCAGAAUGAGCUUGAUCGAAUGAGGGCACUUUUAAGCUCUAAAGAGCAAGACUGGCGGGACAGACAGAAGAUGGUGGACGGUUUGAAGGACACUGUGGACAAGCAGAGGAGAGAUCUGGACUGUGUCCGGAAAGAGAUCAUGGAAAAGGAGAUGCUGUGUUCUGCCCUCAGAAAACAGAUGACAUACCUGGAGACACAACAGAAUGAAACUCAGGCUGCCAAGGAGGAAGCCCGGAGACUCAGGACCAAGAUGAAAACAUUUGAAAGCCUGGAUGUGUUGUUGCAGGGCCAGAGAGCAGAGGUGGAGUCCAUGAUCACAGAUAUGGGUGUCAGCCAGGCGGCGGUGGAGCAGCUCUCCAUCUAUUGUAUCUCGCUCAAAAAAGAGUAUGAUAAUCUGAAAGGAAGCCUGAAGUCUUCAAAUGACAUGUGUGAGAAGCUGAAGAGAGAAGUGCUCUCCUCAAACAACAAGUUACACAAAGCCACAAUGGAGGUGAAUCAAACCAAAGAGGACAUGAAGUCUCUGCAGAACGAUCUGGCCAAUGCUGACAAAGAGAUCUCUAGUCUGAAGAAGAAAGUGGAGUUUCUUCAGAGGACUCUGAGCACCCCAACGCGGACAAAUGAAGCUCUCAGUCGACUUGUCUUUGAAAGCCCGGCCCCAAUGGAGCUGAAGCAGCCUCACUUCCACCAGCCUGCAGACAGCGAGGACAUUGACCUCAACCUGACUUACGACGUCACUACGCCAGAUGAUGUGGCCAAGAAACCAACACACUUUAAGUCAAAGAAGAUGCGGCUCGAUCCACCAGCAUCAUCUGUGCCCAAACACACUGAGAAAAAAUCAUCUCUAAGCAAGGCUCGAGAUGAGGACGUAUCUAUGGAUCCUUUUUUGAGGAACUCCCUUCUCUUCAGAAAGAAGACUCUCGGUAGCAUGUUGGACCCUCAGAGGAAGAUUGGCGCUGUGAGAUCUGGUUAUGAUGGUUUAGGAGGACGUACUAAAUUCAUCCAACCUUCUCCUUUAUCAGAGAUUCGCCCGCUGAUGAAAGCUAAAAGGAAAAAGGUAACCAGGCCUCAACCCAAGAUUACAACUUGCCUGACUCUCGACGGCUUCCUCGAGUAAAUGUUAACCUCUCCAUCCCUGGAUGUGGAGUCUAAGGUCAGGAUUCUGUGUGAUGUAGCGUGUUUGUGCUGCUCUGGCACACAGAACCAGUCUGUCACUCAGCACCAAACAGGACUCUCUGAUUGAACUUAUUUAAAAGCAGUAACGGAUCCUGCACCUGACGACGGAUACUGAGCUUUUGGUGACAUCAGCAAAGCUGCUGUACAUUUUUGUGUGAUGACUUGAACUUGUAUGUGGAGAUUGUGUCCGGACCAACCUCUGCAUUAGAGCCUUUUCUUGUUGUUGAUAUGUGGGUGUGUGUAUGUGUGUGAGACUAACUGACUUAUUUGCGGACCAACCAAAUGUCAGUGCUCUAUAUAAUGUCAUUGGUUAUCACUGAUGCAUCUUUUCUCUACUCCGAAAAAUAAUCAGUUAUUUUUCACACUUAUUUAAAACCUGAAACACCAACAUGUCGAUAUACUUUAGGUAUUUUUAGUUUCACUGGUCCUGCCAGAUGUAAAUCAACUCAAAUAAUA